AUGGCCACCCAGAAAGACACCCAGCUAAACCUCGAGAGGGCCCUCGGCCUCCUCGCCCAGCAUCCCCUCAUCGACUCGCACGUCGAUCUGCCCUAUGUCAUGAGAGCCUUGGGCAAAGAGCCCUUGCGCACCGUCAAGCUCGUCAGAGAGACGUUUCCCGGCCAUGUAGAUGUCCCCAGGAUGCGACAAGGCAAACUGGGUGGACUUUUCAUGAGCUGCUGGCUCCCGGUUCGCCCCGGGGACGACUUUUUGAACCCUUCCAACGAUGUCAGGGAUGCCCUCGAGCUCAUUGACCUCGUGCAGAUUCUGAUGAAGGAAUCGGACUUUCAAUACGCUCGUAGCUCGCAAGAUAUUCGCGAUGCGUUCAGAGCGGGCAAAAUCGCGACCAUGAUCGGAGUCGAGGGGCAAAGGCCAUAUGCUAGGCAACUCGCUGUCGGUUCUGAGAAUAUGGGCCCAGCUGGGUCUUUCGCGUCUUCUGCGGGAUCGGGUCAGCCACUUGAGCCUGUCCAUCCUGGCAACGGUCUGUCUGAUCUCGGCCGUGAACUGAUCAAGGAGAUGAAUCGACUGGGGAUCAUGGUCGACAUUUCCCACGUCUCGGACGAGACUAUGCGCCAAGCCAUCCAAGUGUCCAAAGCCCCGGUCAUCUUUUCUCAUUCCAACGCCCGCGCUGUGUGCGACCACCCUCGAAACGUACCGGAUGAUGUGUUGGACAUGGUCGGAAGCGGACCCGGAAAAAACAGUGGCGUUGUGCAAUGUGUCUUUUACCCCGAAUUCACCGACCCCGUCGACCCUUGUCUGGUCAAGGUCGCAGACCAUAUCGAGUAUCUGGCCAAAAAAUGCGGCAAAGCCCACGUCGGGAUCGCUUCUGACUUUGACGGCAUGGAACACGCAGUCAGAGGACUUGAAGACGCUAGCAAAUACCCCGACCUCAUCGCCGAACUAUACGCCCGGGGAUGGACGGAUGAAGAGCUGAUUGGGCUUAUUGGAGGCAACCUCAUGCGCGUGAUGGAUGAGGUGGACGCCGUCCAGAAGAGCAUGGAGGGGCAAGAAGCCUCGGCGGCCAUAUAUGAACGAAGGACCGACCUGCCGUCCAACUAUCCUGAAUAUCUGCCUGACGCUGUGCGAGAGUAUCUCAAUAUCUAG